AUGUCAUACCUGUCGCCCUCUUCUUUCUACUCCUGGCUUUCGGGAUCCAAGAACAGCCAGCGUGACACGGCAGAGCAGCUCUCGACAGUCAACGGCGGCCUGGUCCCCCUGGACCCCAACCAGCGGGUCGUCACAACCCUGGAGGACGACGACGAGUACGCAGUCGUGGGGCUGCGCAAGCUCAGUUACGCCGAGGUCGUCCGUCUCGAGGGAGGCAAGGCCACGCCCGUGCCUCGGAUCCCCAACCCCAAGGGUGCCACCGCCCAAGCGCCCGCUCCUCUGGUGACAGAGGCCUCCGUGAACCGACGGGCGUACGAGGCGCUGGCGGACUUUUCCGACGAGGCUCUCGGGGAUGCCAAGUACGACCCCAUUCGCAAGUCCAACCGACGAAAGUCGUUUGCUGGCAAGUAA